AUGGAAAGUCAUCUUUCUGCCGCAAUCUGGUCAGCGGAUUACCUUGUUGUUCGGCGCAUCCCAAAAUCGCUUAGCGCUUUUGCUCACCCUGGGAAUGAUCCUUACUGCCUCAAAUUCACUCGACAGAUUGAAGAUGGGGUUAUGAACAAGUUUCAAAGCUUGAUUACGAUGGAAAGUUUGAAGAUUCUUUUGGUCCCUCUGAAUCCACUAUCAAACAA